AUGAGCAUCGCAAGCCCACCACGUAUAUAAAGGAUAAACCCAAUCUUUGCCUCUGUUUUCCUAUUUUUUGGACGAGACUCGGAGGUCUUGUUUUGUUUGCAUUUGAUGAUUGAUAUCAAUACGAUACACCAGUGAGACACAAGAGAGAAACUUGGAGCGUGCGGUAGAGAUGUUAUGCGAAUAUCUUUAACGUUUAUUUUGUCUCCAAUUUUCUCGCUGGAAUAACCCCCACAUACCAGUGGCUAAUUACAGUUUAGAAGGAGGCGUGACGGACGUUUUCGUGUGUCAAAUAGGUGUUAACUGGAUAAUUGUGUAACUGAAGUGGAACCGCUUCUUGUUACACGCAGUGCGCCGCAUUCCGCUGUAUGUGGUGGCCCUUUACCCAGCACCGAAACAAAUCCUCUCCUCCAGACGAGGUCAUCAUAACAAUACAGUACGCGUUUGUUACCUGUUGGUGACGAGGAAAGUCUGAUGGUUAGCAGAAAGCACAUGGCGUCCGCUCUCCAGUAAUACCGGGGAUAUUAACACCGGAGUAUCGGUUGCAGAGGCACCGUCAGAUAUGAGACGGUUACUGUUGGCAUUGCAUCUACUGUUCAUUUCACUCGACACGCACUUUAAGGUGUGAAAGUUAUCAGUCAUUUGACGGAACCAGCGAGACAGGUUCAAGUUUGUGGAGUUUGAAGUGACGAGUUUAAGUAGAAAUAUUUAGCCUGAUAUCGUAGGAUUUCAACAAACCAUUUCCCAUUGAGACUGACAGAAAGUCAUUAAGAUAACAGAAGUACAACCGUGCUGACAACACAAGAGACAUUAACUGCAGUCCCGGCGUUUCAGGUAGCAAGUCAUUGACCAGCCAUUAUGAACAUCUUAAGCGUCACUGCGAUCUUAUCACUAACGACCCUUCUCGUCCAAGGAGUCGAAGCUUCUCAAAAACUCAGGCACAAGGUUAAUAAUCAUAACAUCCAUGGCAUGAGAAAGAAGCGAGCCGCUGACAACAUGAUGCAGUGGUCUUCAUGGACGGAAUGGUCUUCCUGUAGCAGAUCGUGUGGAACAGGGGUGGCCAGCAGAGUGCGAGAAUGUAAAGAUCAUGUCAGCAGAAGACACAGUUACAUCAGAUACUACCAAAGACACAAAAUGAAAUCUUCCUGUGUUGGAAAAUACAAAGAUUUCAAAACAUGCAAUACAGAUGAAUGUCCUAAAAACAGCAAGUCUUUCAGAGCUGAACAAUGUGAAAAGUUCAACGUUAAAGUUUUUCAUGGUCGCAGGAGAUAUCGAUGGGAACCAUAUUAUCAAGGUAGUAUAUGUGUCUGA